AGAGCGAUCAGUGAGUAUCUCGCCACCAAAUAUCGCGAUGACGGUCCUCAAUUGCUUCCGCCAAUGAAAGACAUGGAAAAAUGUGCCUUGUCCAGGCAGUGGGCUUCCGUCGAGUAUUCCCAAUUCUCCCCUUUUGCAGUGCAGCUUCUCAUGCGAAAUAUAAUGAGAGGAAUACCAUGCGACGAACUGCUGGCCCUGCAGAUCAUCAAGCGUCUUGAAGAUAAACUAGAUGUACUAAACACAAUCUUGGGUCAGCAACCAUUCAUAGUGGGCGCGACCUUCUCCCUGAUAGAUAUUUUCUACAUGCCGAUGGUGGAUAUGCUCUAUCAAGCUGGU